AUCACAACCCGGGGAGAUCUCUGCUGGACAAGGCUGACUCGGGCAUAAACGAGGGAGGGAAAGUCUGGGUGAGACUUCUCUAUCUUCGCUUUUAUUUCCUCUCUGGUACAUGUUUCCUUCGCUACAGCACCGAAGCUUCCUUGCUUUCCGGGACGGGCUGUGAUGGUGGUGUCAUUAAUUUCUGGCGGUGCUGUGCGGUUAUUGUAUUGGGUGGAUGGAUGGCCUUCCGUGCUUGUACGUUUCAGAUACCACCACCAGCAAUACAGGCAACACCCUUUCGCUCAAUUGCCCGGGAACCAGGGAGGGCUAUAACUUACCGGUAACUCCACGCCUGUCUGCUAGGUUGAACGUUCCCUCCUUGGAUUACCCUACAUUCCUACAAAGUCAAAUUGUAUCGUAACGAACGUUCUCUUCCUCUCUCUUCCUCUCCACCACCACGAACCUCCGAUCAUCCAUUGUCAACACAACCAUCGCCGCUGCGGUUCGGAGCCACAACAACAACAACAACAAGUUUGACUGCUCCUAACAACCACCAAAUCAGAAUUCAACAAUGAUAUCGCUCUCACCACCCCUCCGAAAGUCUCCGCCCCCGUCUCCGCAAUGCCCCGCGAAUACGGCGCAAGCGCUACACCCAUCACUCCUCUCCACGAUCUUCACGUAUCUCGACACCCAGACACUCUUCACCGCAAGUCUAACCUGCAAACACUGGCGCUCAACAAUCUUCCUAUCGAAAUCGCAUUCGCCGCAACUCCUCCGACCGCACCUCUCCAUUCUGCGUGCCCAUUUUGGCCGCGCGGCCGUUCCACACCGGAUCCCAAUCCCAACGGUGGAAAAGCUGUUCACACAGUACGUGCGUGAAACCGCUCCAGCAUGGAUGUAUUCCCGGGGGACAUACUUGCUACCGCCCUCGCACGGGCCCGUAUCCGUUUCCUGUGACGGGGGAAGCGGUGUGGAAGGGAGAAUGGCAGUAGUGGUGGGCAGAAAUAGGGUGCACGUUUACGACAUUACUGAAUCCCCGAUAAGGCGGACACACACCAUACAAAUCAGAAACAAGGUCGCCAAACUCGCCGUGAAGGGGGGCUACCUGGCCCUCUCGACAAAGCAGAAGUUAUACCUCUACGCCCUCCUAUCCAAUGGCCUUUCACUGCGCCUCUACUCUGCACCGAUUCCAGCCAUUGAGUCAAUCGCCCUCGGCCGAGCAGGCAAGACGGAAGAACCACUCGUGGCGAUAACCACAAAGGACAAGACGGUGAUUAUACAUCCUUCGUACGCCCUCUGGCGCCGCAGGAACAACUUUUUCUUGCAAGGCUCCGGUCCAGCAACCAGCGCACCCACGGGGCAAAGCGGGAAGCGGGAGGAUUGUCCCUGGAUGUUGGUGUAUCGGGUAACCGGUGACGGGUUGGCCUUUAAGAGCGAUGGCCGAGGGGUGCUUGUCGGGAAUUCACUAUUGGGGGUCUGGGACGGGGAGGAGCGCAACUUGGCGAGGACCUGGAAAGGCUUUGAAAGGAGGCUUGUGUUGAAAGUGGAAGGGGAUGGGGUGGUUUGCUUUGGCGGCCUUGUCGGUGCCGUGAGCAAAGGCAAAGUCACGGUUCGAGCCGGUGAGAAAAUCAGAGAGGUUAGCGGUGGGAAAGGCUAUACUGGCUGCUCCCAGGGCCGAGCAGCAUUCCUAGCCUUCUCGAGAACCCCCGGGCAAAUCAGUGCGCUCCCCAUCUACGAUGGCAGGGAACAAACCAUAUCCCUAAACACCACCAACGAAAUCCUCUCCAUCACCGGUGGAAAAGAAUGCGUCGUAAUGGCAAUGGAGGACCGCAUCAUAGUGCUAAAUCUCUGGAAUACAUCCCCCGACUUUCAACACAAGAUCGAGAAGGAUGGAAGUGUAUCCUCCUCCCAGCCCGCGGCCAAUGUCGGGUCCGAUACCUGUGUCAUUCAAUAGAUCCCGAGUGACGCCCGGUGAUGACUGUUUAAUUCUUUCAUCCGUUCAUUGUAACAUAGCGUUCUGUAUCCUCUUCCUCCUCAUCAUUCUUCUAGCUGUUUAUAUCGGGAGUUGUAAAUUAUUAUAUCCUUUUCUCCUGCGGGGGGUUUUUUUCUAUUCUUUUCUUCUUUUCUUUGCUUGGAUCGGUAUCCACGCCGAUCGCCCAAACAUACCCUAGCCACUUUCCACAGGAAAUUACCCCCAAGUACCAGUGAUUGAAGGAUCUUCAUGGGGGGGGGGGGCGAGGAUACCGGUAGGGUAUUUUGUACAAGUACCCGGUACAACAGGAUACGGCAUGGGUGGGUGAUAUAUGGUG